UAUAUAUAUAUAUAUAUAUAGGUGUGCUUCACCUACUCAUACCAAACUCAAUUCUAAUUACUUAUUCAUUACAACUACUCCUUACUUAUUGAUUUUAAUUACCAUUUGCAACUUAUCCUUCAACAUAAACUAAAAUUUUGCAACUAUUCUCGAUGUCAGAUAGCAAUCAAAUAAUUGUGGCGCUGACCAAUGACGCAACGACCGUUGCAACCACAGAUGAGCAUCCACACCAGGAAAACCACAGUGAUCGAACCGACGUCGAUUCGAAUAUAUCCGACACUACAGAAAAUAUCACCUGCGACCCUAAUGGAAAACAUAUGGAUAGAGAAGACUCGAUAUAUUCUGGAGUUUCGUAUUCCCUGAAACUUUCCUUUACAUCACGCAUAUACAACCUAGUCAUUGAAGAUGCCACCAAGAACUUCCAUCCAGUCUACUUUGUCAGUAUUAUGGGUACUGGUAUAUCAUCAAGCAUAUUAUACAACUUCCCCUUUGAGGCCGAAUGGUUGCGAGUAUGUUCGUAUAUAAUGUUUGCAUUCACAUGUUUGUUCUUUUUAGGAACCACCACAUUAUUCAUAUUAUCAUGCAAAUAUUUCCCAGGAAGGUUUAGAGAGUACCAUGUUGACACUUCCAAGGCAGUGUUUAUGGGAUGUUAUUCAAUGGGAUACAUCACCAUCGUCAAUUACAUUGAAAUAUUAACUCAUGACCGCCAUACAAUAUUUGUAUGGGUGUUAUGGUGGAUUGCUGUGUUUUCCGCCAUGUUUACAGCAUUCAUAAUUGUCUUCUUUUCAUUCAUGUCGAAAUUAAACAAAGUGGACACUGCGGCUAAGUUGAAUGCAACUUUACUCCUUCCUAUAGUUGCCAUUACCGUGGUAUCAUCUUCAGGACAUCAAUUGGAAUUAAGACUUCCAACCAUGAACCAAACUGUUAUCACCAUGCUCGUCAGUUUCAUGCUUUGGUGUCUUUCCAUAUCACUUGCAUUCAUCAUAAUAACAAUAUACUUCUGGAGACUUAUCGUCCACAAGAUCCCACCUACUCACUUGGUAUUCUCCAGUUUCCUUCCUGUGGGAUUCCUUGGACAAUCAUCAUACAGUAUUCUUCUCAUGGGAAUAAAUUUGGACGUAUUAAUACCGCUGGAUCAACCAUGGGGAAAGAUCCUUCUUUGUAUAUGUGGAUUCUUUAGUAUGUUCCUUUUAUCGUUCGGAUACUUUAUGACAUUCGUUGCUAUCCUGUCAAUCUUCUCCAAAAUCAGACCAUUUGCAAAAAACCCCAACCCCAAACAUACUAAUCAACACGGAUUCCUCAAGAUUCACAAAGGGUUCUGGGCCAUGACUUUCCCCUUGGGGACCAUGAGUUUGUCAAACACAGAGAUUGGUAAAGGUACCAUAGGUAAUUAUCCAUUGAUUACAUUCAGAGUCAUGGGUGCCAUAUUCGGGACUGCAUGUAUUUUGGUUACUGUUUCUUGCAUUAUUGGUGUCAUUGUCACCAUAGUGAAGAAGUUAAAUUCAUUAUUUAUCAGGAGACAAAUUAGUAUAGUUUAAUUAACUAUUUAUUUAUUUAUAGAUUAAUAGAUGGGCUAGUCCUUAUUGCUGAUCCAUACCCAAGUUAAUAAUAAGAUUAAAUAUGAGUUAAAUCUAAAUAUGGUUUACUGUUCCUAUAUCAUUGGCGUAUCAGUGUAAUUAUAGAAUUCCAAUAAAAAGAUCAACAUUUCAGCCAAUAUCUCCAAACUGUGAAAUCUAAUUGAGCAUGACAAAGGGUUACAUCAAAUCAAGUUAAAAAUCUAAAGUAUCUUUGGUUUAGGUUCCACUUCCUUUAUUUGCCGGUCGAGCUAUUUUACAAAUUUUAAAACAAUAAGACUACCAUCCAACCAAGAAACAAUGUGCAACAGAUCAUUAUGUUUACCCAAGCGUGGAAUAUACAUCAAACGGGUGCUCAUCUUUACUCGAGGAAUUAUGCAUUGUCUCGAAUAUAUUGUCUAAUUGGCAAACAUACAAUAUGCUCCUGCUUGAACGAUACAAUAAGAAGUUCUUAACUUUUUACAACAAGUUAGAGCGGGGAAUAUACGCUAACUCCAAAAUAUAUCAACGACAACCAGCUUAUUCUUUGUUGGUUUCAAAGUUAGUACAUGAAAUACUAUUUUAUAUUCAAUACUCAACAAAUGGUGAUUGUUGAUAUUUGUGAUACAGGGUAUUAUUAUCAAACAUCGACGUUUGUUGAUGAAUCUUUCUGGUAGGAAUUAGUAACUUAAUAGUGAACCCACGGACCUUGUUUGUCACAUAGAUGAUAGUUCUGAUAUAAUUGUAUAUAGGUCAAAGUAGCUAUAUCAUGUCACAACUUACUUAUUUACUUAGUAGGAAAACGUAAUAACAUUAAUUCAUAUAAAAUAAUACGCAAGGACAUAAUAACGAUAAAGAAAGAUCAUAAGCAAUAAAUAAAUCAUAUAAACAGCAACAAAUAUCAAAGAGAAGAACUUCAAACAACCGAAGUUCAACUAGAAAAGCAAAGCUAUCAAGUGAAGAACAGUAACUAAAAGCAAAACCAAGUUGGACAUGGAAGGGAGUAAAACAUUUCCAGAGUCAACUACAGCUACCGGUACUGGGUCCCCAAAGUCAUUGUUUGGUUGAAUUAAAACCGGAGUUGGAUCUUCAAUACCAGCAUGUGCUUCUCCAGCAGCAGACCUUCCUCCAACACCAGCGCCUGUUCCGCCACCUGCUCCUGCUCCACUUCCACCACCUGCUCCGCUUCCACCACCUGCUCCACUUCCACCACCUGCUCCAGUGCUACCUCUACCACCAGCUCCCAUACCAGUAGUUGCAGGAAUUGCUCCUCCUGGACGUGUUCCUAUACCAGUAGGACUUCCACUUCCACGCUGGGCAUCUGUUCCAGUUCCAGAUCUACUUGGUCCUCCACCACCUGGUCGAACUCCUGUUGGAGUACCAUUUCCUGUAGAUGGCUUUCUGGUUGGACUAGGACUUUUACCAUCUGGACCUGUUCUCGUUCCACUAGUACCAGAUCUAGCACCAGAUCCAGAUCUACUAGGACUUCCACCGUCUGGACGUGUUCCUACGGGAGUUCCAGUACCAGAUUUACUUGUGUCUCCACCACCUGGUCGAGCUCCUGUAGGGGUACCAUCUCCUGUAGCUGGCUUUCUCGUUGUACUAGGACGUCCU